AUGGGUCUCAUUCAUGUCUUACACGACGAGAAGCGUUCGGUCGAAUUGUUCAUUGAAAAACAUCAGAGGGAUUUGGGCAAAUCGUUGAACUCCCAAGGAAUGUAUUCCCGCAUGUUGGAGGAUCCUGAAGUUGAUUCCGUAGGCUUUUUAUCUCCUCAGCAAGAUGAAUGUUGGACACAAUCACAAUACAUGAGCGGUCCUUCGUUCGUGGGCACUUCGAAUGCUUUCGAUACUAACACGGGAAUUCAAGAAGAUAAUGAAAGUGUCGAAUCUGAGAAUGAUGAUGAAGAGGAGGGAUUACAAAUUAAUAGCAUGACCUUGAUAGAUCGUGAUGACGGGGAAAACCAACACAUCGACGGAUGUUAUGUUAAUAAUGAGUAUGUCGUCUUAGAGGAUCCGCCGCCCGAUGAACUUCAAGGAGAUGAAUGGAUUGAUAACUCCGCGAUGGAAAGUGUUCCUAUUGGCACUAAUAGCGGUGUUGAUACACAGGCCGAGGACUUCUCAUUCAUGAUGGGAGAUCUUUACGAUAGUAAGGGGAAAUUAAUCCAUGCUAUUCGCACGUAUUCCAUUGCAAAAAAUGUGAAGUUCAGGCCAACCAAAAAUAAUACUACAAGCUAUAAUGUGGUUUGUUUCUAUCGCAAAGAUGACGAUGUCGAAGAUAAUAGUGGACACCACGACGGCAAUGCGAGGUGUCCGUGGAAGCUUAAUUCACGCUCGGGUGCAAGAGUAUGUGGGCAAUUCAAAAUCACGGCAUACAAUGGACUCCACACUUGUAGCAAUCCUCGAUUAGAGAUGAAUAACAAGAAUGCGUCCUCUUCUUUUAUAUGUCGAUUGAUUUUACCGUAUCUGAGGGAGGAUCUUGAUCUAAGACCGAAAGAUAUCCGUCUUUUAGUGCAUAAAGCCACCAACUUGGAUGUAUCAUAUCACAAGUGUUGGAAUGCUAGGAGGAAGGCGAUGAUAAAAAUAUUCGGGGAUUGGGAUAAUUCGUAUGAGAUCUUACCUCAUUAUCUUGAAGCACUCAAAAGAGAAAAUCCGGGGACUGUCUACGAAGUAUCUUCGGACCCCGUUGAUGGCGGAGAACGGCGGUUCACCGGUGUAUUUUGGGCAUUUGGGCCCUGUAUUGAGGGGUUUCGAUAUUGUCGUCCCCUUCUUAGCAUUGAUGGAACUCACUUAUAUGGUAAAUACAAAGGCGUUUUGCUUGUUGCAACCGGAGUUGACGCGGAUGGCGGGUUGUUUCCUUUAGCAUUCGCAGUGGUUGAUGUUGAAAACACAGAGAAUUGGGCUUGGUUUUUUACAUGCAUUAGAUAUCAUAUCCCUAGUGUGGAGACGCGGCCGAUUAUAUUCAUAUCCGAUAGGAUGAAAGGAAUUCCAAGAGCACUCCUCUGA